CCCCAGCGGUGACUUACAGCAGAGACAGCCUCAUGUCAGAGCUUUGUGCUCAGCGUACAGCAGUCCGCCGCGUUUUCGCUCUUUGUCCUCAAGGCAACUGCACGGUCCGCCUGAAUGUAACGUUAACUAGAUAUUUUUUUCUUUUCUUUCUUUCUUUUUUGUAGUGGGGAGCGUUUUGAGCCAUCUGUAUAAAGACUGUUAGACGAUACGAGGAACUGAACGAUGGUGUUAGUACACGUUGGAUACCUGGUUCUUCCAGUUUUCGGCUCAGUACGAAAUAGAGGAUCUCAGUUUAACAGGCAUCAGCAUAGCCAUGCUACCUCUUGCCGGCAUUUCCACGUAGGCCCUCAGGCCCAGAUCCCUGUUGACUUCCCAAUGCCCCAUCCAGGACAAUCUCAGACGGGGAUGAACCCGCACCUCGCCCCGACGCACCAGCCAGCCGCCCCGCUCCAUCCGCCCCUCAGCCACAUGCCAGCACCACAGUUCCAGGACAUCCAAGGCCCCCCUUUCCUACCUCAGGCUUUACACCAGCAAUACCUCAUCCAGCAGCAGAUCCUGGAGGCACAGCACAGGAGGAUCCUUCCACAGCCCAGCAGACAUGCUCAAGAGAGAACGCCCCACCAUCCCCAGACGCUGCGCCCACCAUAUGAUUACGCUCCUUCCAUCCACGUCCCUCCUCCGCCACCCGUCCCACAGCAGCCACGCUACCUUGCUGAAGGAACAGACUGGGAUUUGAGUGUGGACCCAGGGCUCCCUCACCCACAGUACCAUGUCCCUCAGCUCCCUCAGCAUUAUCAGCACUAUUUGGCCUCUCCCAGGCUGCACCACUUUCCCAGGACAGCAUCUUCAGCACAAGUGGUUGUCCAUGAGAUCAGAAACUACCCCUAUCCCCAGUUACAUCUGUUGACCCUGCAAGGCCUCAAUCCCUCUCGCCACGCCACUGCUGUGAGGGAAAGCUACGAGGAGCUCUUACAGCUGGAAGACAGGCUCGGAAAUGUGAACCGAGGGGCUGUGCAAACCACCAUUGAGAGGUUUACAUUCCCUCAUAAGUACAAAAAGAGAAGGCCACUGGAGCUGAAAAUAGGGAUGGACGAGGAUGAGCUGGACACAGACGAAAAGUGUACAAUAUGUCUGUCAAUGCUUGAGGAUGGAGAGGAUGUGAGGAGAUUACCCUGCAUGCACCUCUUCCAUCAGGCCUGUGUGGACCAGUGGCUUGCGACCAAUAAGAAAUGUCCAAUUUGCAGGGUGGACAUUGAGACACAGCUGACUCCAGACAGCUGAUGUCUCCUGUAGCACUGGUUGAAGCCCUGCCCUUUCUCCCAAUCCCUACUUGGGUACUUUGCCAAAUGUCUGUCUCUCCAUCACCUUUCACCUUUGACCUUGCCUUCUGAGCCAACCGAAGACGUGAAGCAGGUAGGAUUAAAGACAUACCACAACUUGAGCGAAAAGGGGAAGGAGCGGGAGGAUUCCCGGUGGACGAAUGUUCGGAUCUGCGCGAGCGUCCAAGGCAGCUUUCAGUGGGACUUCAGUGGGCUUUAGCCGAGUCUGUCAUCGAGAUGGUUCCUAUCAAGGUCCCUUGCAUGCACCUCCUGUGUAUUUAGGACAGCAAGCGCAGCUCCUGGAAGGUCUCGACCACAGAUAACCUAAAGCCUUUCCUCCCUCACAAUGUUUCAGUCGACAAACGGAAAUUACAACCACAUUACGACAUUAACAUCACAAAACCUCCAAACCUCCAAACAUUAGAUGUAGUCAGUUGUGUAUUUCAGAGGUGUACUGCCGUCUCUUCCACGGCCUAGGGACGUGCAGUCGAUCAACUCAAUAUAUAAAAUAUUACGAAUGAGCGCUACGUGGAAAUGAUCUGUGAAUAGGGAUGGUACGGUAUGUUGUGUGUCGUUAUGAAACCUAAUGAGUUGUAGAUUGGGGAGCGAAAUGGAUUUCAGAUAAAAUCCAAGCUAGAAACACAUAAGGAUAACCUUGUUCUCACAAGUCAAGUAAUCCAACUGUAUGAAAUGAUACUAACAAACAAUCCUUAACUGUAUUAUCAGAAGUGAUGCUUAAUGUACUUUCUGUAAUCAUGGUGACAGCAAGGCCAGGCUUGACUUAAGCUGUGACAGUAUGUAUUUGUGCUUGUGAAAAAUCUCCAUGCUUAGAAAAGUAUCUUCAAAAUGCAUGUUCUGUAAGUGGCCGGGGCUUUUGUUUUCUUUAAGUUUUCGGUUUCGGGGUUGUUUUGUUUUUCUUUGGGAACAUAAUGGGUAGGAUGGAUGGUUCGUGCAUGAGAGAUAUCUUACUAAUUCUGAAGACACUGUGUUCUCAACUUGUCACUGACGUAACAAAGAGUGAGAUGUAUACCUUAAUGCCUGUAGGACAAGCACACAUUCUAAUAGCAACAGCCUACUUCUCAGUGUUUCCAUUAGCAAUGUAAGUGUGUGGUAUCGCUUGAACGUACAGUAUAUGUAGAGUUACUCAGCUAAGAAAGCAGCUCUAACGUCAAAUUGUGCAUGAAAACCUGUUGCUGCCAUUUCUGGAGGAGACGAAAAGGGAGAAAAGCCAUUGUUUUAUAGAUACCAAACAUAACUUUUCUAAGCUGUAUUUUUGAGUUGAUUGUUUUCAUUCUUCCUGUUCUGUUUCGUUCGUUCUUCUCCUUCUUUUUCUUCUUCUUCUUCUUCCUCUUUCCCCUUUUUCCCUACUAUUGAUGAAUUAUGCCAACCUAGCUGUGGGGCUGGUUCAGCUUCUCACCAUUUCAAAUAAGUAGCUGCAAUGCUGGAAUAAUAUUUAUUGUUGUCUUAAUGUAGCUAGCUGUUAUUUUUGUAAAUGCACUAUAUUAUGAGGUUGCCUGACUUCGAUGUGAUUGUGAAUUUUUUCUCUCGUCCCUUUGCUUAUGCAUUUGCACUCAGUGACCUGUCUCCUUGACCAGUGCUGAAACGUGUACACUGCGGUCCUCACAGUAAACUCCAUCCAAAAAGAAAAAAACAGUAGCGUAGCCAUACUUCCACCACUCAGCUCCACUUGUAUCCACAGCAUUAGCUGAACCCUCAUCAGUCACGCUUUAAUGUACUGUAUGUGGCUUUAUGGCUCGGUAGCAUUUCUGAAGACGGUUUGGCGACAAUGCGCUGAGACCCCAUAAUGCAGUGACCCACAUAAUGUGCUCGCUUCUGUUUUAACACCAACCUUCCCAGGUGUCCACUUUGAGCAUUGUGGCGAGUUGUGCAGGAAAGACGUGGAGAACUUUUUAUUGUAUGGAGGCCUGUUUUUAUGAGAUAGAAGUAGGUUUUCCUGCUUUCGGUUUCUGGCAGCUGUGUAUCAGAAGUUUCUCAUUAAAUGUUGAAAGUUUGACUUUUUAUCUUGAAGUUCUUUAAAGCUUUUAAAACAAUGAAUUGCUAAUAAAUGACCUUGUUAUGAUUUACACAUGAGAUAUGGGAUUAGUAUGGGACAGUGCUCCCACUGACAGUUCUAAUCAGAUUAUUAAUGAUUUUUCAUGGACUUUUUCAGGAAUUUACAUACUGCAAUCCUGUUACUUUUGGCAUGUUAGUAUAUCCACUCACUAUUUUGAAAUUUACAAGAUAAAACACUACUAUUGCUUUCUUACAAACAUAAUUUCAACAAAAAUUACAACAAACUACACUUUUAAAUGCAGGGUUCAAUAUUAUUGAAGAAAAUUCUCAAUGAAUAAAAUAUUAUUUCACCCUUAAUGAUUUUUGAAAAGUCAUGUGCCCCAAAGUAUGAUUGACACAAACAAUAAAAAUGAUUGUUUAUUAUUCUUCUAUAAUAACACUAUACUUGUAAUUGUUUGUAAUUAUUAUUCUUAACAGUAAAAGCACUUUU